AUGGGCGGCGGCGGCGGCGGCGACGAGCGGGCGGCGGCCCCGGCUCCCCCGGUUCCCCUUCGGCCUCCGCACUCGCCCGCCCUGAUCCGGCGGGCCUGUCCGCGGCGGAGGAGCGCUCGGGUCCGCGCGACUGCGGCCGCCGAGCCUAGCUCACCCCGCCGCGGCCAUGGCGGGCGGCGCCGCGCAGGCCGCCUCCCCCCACCCUCCCCGCAGCGCUUCCCGGUCGGCGCCCGGGUCCCCAGCGGCGGCGGCGGCGGCAGCCUCCGCAAGAGGUUCCGGUUCAAGCGGGGGAGCCGCGUGUCCGUGCGGGGCGGAACGGCGGGCGGGCGUGGGCACGGCUCUCCGCCCGGCGCUGCAAAGGCCGGCACUACCCGCGAGGAUGCUCGGGCAUCGGCGGCCGAGGAGGGAGGUCCCGUGCCAGCGCGGCCCCGCGCAGAGUGUGGGGUCGGGGCCGGGGGUCGCGCUUCACGCAGGCAGGCGUGGGAGCCACAGACCGCGCGGCUGGAAGCUCAGCGUCUCGAUGCCCUUCCUCUCGCGCUUCCGCGUCCUCCACCUCUCCCGGGCCUAUGGGACGAGAGUGCUGUGCGGUUUUGUCUUGCUGAGACCAGCCUGACCCGAAGCAUGUUAGCUAAGAUAAAGGAAAUGCAAAGAUUCCAGGAGACUGAGAGCUUGGUGCCCUCUAGACGCUCAGUCGCUGAUGCAGGAGACAGAUCACUGACAGCAUGUCCGAAAAAUAGCAAUAAAAACUGGCUUCUGGACAACAGAAGAGGAGACUUUAUAUGUCAGGCCCACAUAUCUCAGGUGUUCAAGAAAUGAGAAGAGACAUUCAAUGCAUGAAAGCUCUGUGCAGCCAAGAAUAUCUGCAAAAUGAUGAUUCUAAUCUGCCACAGAGUAUGUGGAAGAGAAGCUACUCUUUACCUUCAUUCUCCCAGAUUAUUUCACGAGAGGAUAUUUCCAGGGAAGUCUUUAUAUCCUGUCUCAGACAUCUUUUUCUAGUGUUGAUGAAAACAUAGUUACAUUUCAAUCUAUGUUCAUAGUUGGGCUUCCAUCAUGUCAAAGCAUAGUGGCCAUAAAUGUGUUAAACAGGAUAUUAUGCCUCUGUUCAGACAACAAUAUUUCUGAAAGCUAAUAUAGUGUUGCAAUCAAGACCUUAGCUCUACUGGGUGUGGUGAAAAAAUAAUGAAUACUGUUUUUCUGAAAAUAAAUAAAUUGAAAAAAUUUUUUAAAAAGAGCAAAAAAAGACCUUAGCUCUGAGGCCACAUUGUCUGAGUUUGAAUCCACUUAUUCGCCAUGUGACUUCUCUAAGCCAUCCUUCCUCCAGCUGUCUUAACACCAAUCUAUCAAUUUCUUCCUGCCUCAAUACCUUAUAUAAGGGAGGAUAAACGUGGGACCUGUCUCAUGAGGUUGUGAUGGGCCCUGAGUCAGUGAUAGAAUGGGCUAGCGCAUAGUUAAUGUUCAAUAGAUGAUAGCAAUUGUUACUUAAUCAUGUAUGCGUGGGCAAUAUCCAUUCAUUAGGACCUCAUAUUUCAAAAUGAAGAAACUUCCUGAUGUUACAUGUACUAACUGCAAAAAACAGUAAGGAUAUAAACAGACAUGAAUAAAGAAGAAAGUAGAAGUCCCUUCUGACCCUUCCCCUUAAAAAUAACCACUACAAAGAGCUUGGUGUAGUUAUUGUCAGAGGUUUUUGUUUUUUUUGUUUUUUUUGUUUUUUUUUUUUUUUGUCAGAGGUUUUUAUGCAUCAGCUCAUUCAUACACACACAGGCGCGUACGUGCACACGCGCACUUACA